AAACUGACGUUGCGUGUUUGGUUUAGUUUGGGUGGGUUUUGGUGGGUUUGGUUUUCUUUUUCAUGUGUGGUUUCAGUUUCGUAUGUUCUUCAACUCGUUUAGAUGUGUACCUAUGGUUUAGCUCUUUAAAUAACAUUUAGAGCACCUAUUUAACCUAAUCUUAAAAUUGUAUUUUUGCGAUCCUGUUUUUUAUUAAACCGCUAUUUUUAUCACUUUGAAUUUUAUACCUAUCAACUACUCAACUGUGCAUCUGUCUUUCUUAAUAUGAAUUCUGAAAAAGAUAAUAAUUCGGAUAUCGGCGAUCCUGAAGACAAUAUACCUAGCGAUUUCUUCGAUGACUUUAACAAAGAGGAUUUCAUAAACGGUCUCAAUGUAAUAGACAGUUGGGAUGAUGACGACAAUAAAAGACCCAGGAUCGACACCGAAACCCUUGACAGCGUAAAAGAUCUACGCGAAUUAAUACGCGAUACUAAAAACGAAGAAAGAAUUCAGAAAAAUAAACGUGAACACUUUAAGUUUAACAGUAAGUAUAAAUGGCAUAAAGAUGAUCAAUCUUCUUCUAAGAUUUCCUCAUGUGAAGGUCCUCUUGAUGACUUUAUCAAGCCAGGCAGUCGGCGGGACCCCAAUAAGACCAAUGAAGCCAUAAAAAAAGAUAAAGAAGUAAAAGUUAAAGAAUACCUUGCAAAGCAUUUGGAUUCUACAGAUGAUCUCAAACCACCAGGAACUGAGCUGGAUGAUUAUUAUGAAAAAAAGAAAAUGACUGCUUUAGAAGAUUCAAAAUCACAACAUCGACCUCGAGAAAGUCAACGCAGUUGGCGGGAGUCACCAGGAAGAGUUCGUCGAAGCCCUUAUCGGAGCCCACGUCGAAGCCCGCGUCGAAGCCCACGUCGAAGCCCACGUCGAAGCCCUAGGCGCAGCCCGCCGUAUCGAUGUCGCAGCCCCAUUCGUGAUGGACGCAGGCUGAGCCCUCGUCGGUUCAGUCCAAGAAGAUACAGACGUCAAUGGAGUCCACGUCGCCAUAGCCCAUCAAGGAGGAGCCCUCGUCAUCCUCAGCAUUCACGAUCACCAAGAAGAAGUUAUCCUUCUCGGCAUUCUCCUACUCGGCAUUCUUCUUCUCCUGCAAUGGAAAUCAGAGACACCUUCCUGUACCCACAUGGGAUGAUAUAUCCUCCAGCAGAAUCUUCUUAUCCAGUUCCUAUGGAAUCUGGUUAUCCUGGUAGUGUUCCUGGCUAUUCAUAUCCACAAGGACCUCCAUAUGCAGGGUAUGGUGGACCAGGUUAUGAAUAUGGAAUGCAACCAGAGCCACCUGUGGUACUAAAUCAACCGCAGCCAGUUCCACCUCCCCUUAUGGAUUUACAAUUAACUUUACCAUCAGUUCAAGCUCCUACUAUGAAACUAACUCCUGAAAUGGUUCCAGCACCACUGCAGACUGUGUCCCCAUCAGCUAUGAAAACUACACAACCAUAUGAUGCAUUGGCACAAUUAGUAGCAGAGGGUAAGCUUUCUAAAGAAGAUUACCUGAAGCUUGCACCUAACAAAGAUAUGGGCAACAGUAUUGAUACCAAGACAAGAGUUAUGGUGCUAAAUCGUUGCAAUCAAGCUUUAAAUAAACUAACGAGCCUGCUGCUGCCCAAUCAUCUAAUAAUGAACAACAGUGUUAUCGGUCAAGAACCCAAAUGUUUGGCGCCUAAAUACUGUUCACCGUUGAAGAGACAAGCAGCUGUGGAGUUCCAGUUCACCAAGAGCGGCGGGACUUCUCUCCAACAAAACAAGCAACUUGUCGAUAGCAUCUUAACUACUAUAGGUUUGGAUAAAAUCGUCGCCAGGCCUAAGAAGAAAGCACCGAAGGACGUCAAAGAUGCAGCCGUCCAAACUGUUCGAGCGCACUGCGACAUCUGUGAACUCCGAGAAUCCACGAAGCACAGUGAAGUUGGAAUAUCCACAGAUCCAGAGUACUUUAUGUCUUCUAUUCAUACUCAAGUUGUAGAGCAAGAUCUCAUUAAUUCUAAAUCUAUAUUCAAUCCUACUGGUGGCGCUUCAAAUAGUGCUCCCAUUUCUAUUGCGCAUUUAACACCUGCCCAGUUAGUGUCCCAGUUGGCUGCUCGGGCAAAGACGUUAAAACAGACUGAGCCUAUGCCACCCCCAAACCAGUUUGGUAGACGUAAUCCACCAAACAACUAUGAUAAUAGAGGGGGUCAAUAUAGUAAUUACGAUUAUCGCUAUUAGCUCGCAUGUAAUUUUUCUGAACUUGUUCAGAGUCUUUGUUUAUGAUUCCGUUAUUUAAUAAUUAAGGUCUUAAACAAAGUUUUAUUAAAUAUGUAAAUGAUGUAAAAAUGUCACAAAAACAUCAUAAUACAAAUAUUAAAAUAAAGUUUAGGGAUUUAG